AUGAGAAGGUGCUUGAGCGCCGGUCGGCUUCUGCGAAUUGGCCGCGUGCCAAUUGUGCCUCGCCUGCCUGCUCGCUCACUUCCAUCGGUAUCCCGCCUCCAGACUCGUUUCGCCUCGACGAUAGACCGGAGAACGCUCACCGACGACGAGUAUCAACUUCUCUUCUCAUACAAUGGACCGCCGUCUAUUCCUCUCGACUCAUCGCAAAGGACCAACCCCGAGAGUUGGCUACCGAUAUUAGCGAAAUGUGCACCGCCACGCAAUACGCAGACGCAGAAAAAGACGAAACCGACCCAGCCUGGGGAGCAGGUUGGGUCUCUGCUAGAACACGAAAAUGAGCUACUUCGCGCUCAUACGCUGAUGGGCUAUCUAUGGCUGGCGAGGACAUAUUCGAAUUUGAAUCUAUUGGGGCACUUGGGGUUUGAUCUCAAUCAGUGGUCUACGGUGCAUGCCUACUUGACCCAGCUUAUCGACGCAUAUGAAACUCUCGUUCCGUACAUGGCCUCGCAAAAUGCAUUUCAGGGAUUCGAUUGGAACGUGGAUGGCCUGUCUUUGGACGAGCUUACAGAUAGGGAUGUCCGACGCCCAAGCCAGUCGAUGAAACCGCUUCCGCCAUCUGAUAUAGUUCCCCUCGACCUUUUGACAGAACGGCCUGCUCCGCGGGAUCUUGGAGAUAGGUUUCUGGGUGAGGUUUUGCUAAACUUAGGCUAUAUUGUGCUAAGAGCUGCCGACGCACCAAAAGAAGAAGCCAAUCUCGCCAUGUCUCAUGUAUUCCGAGUCCUUGCUCGCCUGCAUCAUCUGGAUUUGAUCUCCGACAGAGUCUAUCUAUAUCCAAGGAACGACCCCAGCCAAGUUUCAUUUCGUCCACCCGGUCUCAACCUAUUAUCAAGCCAUAUUAUGAGCGUCUUGUCUGACGCUGCAUGGCUUGAACACGAAGCUGCACUCGCAACGGCAGCAACAGAAGCGGGCGAGGAGCCACCGUUCCUCCCUUUUAAAGUGGGAGUCCGCGAGCUUGGCCCUGAGAUCUGGUUUGAGUUGGUUCUCUGGUGCUGUGUCGAGCAUGGAUUCGCUAAGCAGGGCGCAGCCUUGGUAAAGGAUAUGAGCCAGCGAACCGGCGAUAAGGCUUGGAAGAUCGAGAGCUGGGCGCUUCUGGUUCAGGAUCUGGAUGUUGUGCAGCAAACCAACAUCAGCACUGAGACUACUUGGCGUCGCCCAGGUGAUACCAAUCCGCCUCAGACAUUCAAACGCCAUGACAAGCCUCCGUUCAAUGGUCUCGGAAAACGAACUAUUAGCACGGAAGUUGUUGCAAGCCUGCGAAGCGGCCUGGUCAACAAGGCCUACAACGGUGUGGGGUUCCACGGUGCAACUCCCUCGGACAUUCUUCAACAAUCGGCGUCCUUGAAUGCACUACUCGAACCGACCAGCGCACUCGAUGAUCUGCGGCCAACUAACAAGUCCACGAACUGGCACCUUAUCAGAGUCCUCGAGUCGGGCUGUCUGCAUCCCUAUGAAGAUCCGACUUUGUUUGAGCAACUAUUACGGUCUACCCAACACGUGGUACCACCGUGGGGGGGAUAUGGUGAUGCAUCCGGCCAGGACUUGAACAGUGUGACGCGAGCGCAACUAUACGAUGAAAGUGCCGCAAUCGCUGGGUUGGUGGAACUUAAUCUCAAAGCUUAUGCUUAUAAACGGCAAGCUGGCCGCGCUUUCUAUCAGUACGCGUGGCUGCAAAACAUCGUUGAUGCUAGCAAGGCCUAUCACAUCCAAGCAUUCUUCGAGCAGCUAAGCCUUGCCAAGUCCGAAAUCCUUCCCUUCUUUGAUUCGCAGCGAUUUGACCUGCACGAAUACGACACAUCCUCCGUGCCACAGGUCUCCAGUGUCACAUUGGCUGAACUUCUUGACCUUGCCGCCGUUAAUCGCGCUUAUGAUUUUGGCAAUUGGUUGCUGUUCAAUGAUGCUAUUGAUGGUCCUGCGAUUCCAGCCUCCGCCUAUGGCGACCAGGUCAUUGCGCCAUCGAUUCUCCGUUUUGCCUCUGCUUCGCAAAAUAUCGAACUCUGCGAAAAGGUCAUCUCCUCGCUCAGCAUGCCACUUUCCGUCAACAUGCUCAAAGCCCUGAUCAACUCUUACAUCGACCAAGAAAAUUGGGAUCGUGCGAUCGUCACGCUCGAGUACCUUCGUGAUUUCAGACUGAAGUCAUGGGGCUUUAGCAAUCUAACCGCAUUGGGGGCCAAGAUUAUCCGACUCGAUGCGUCUAUCAAACACCAGCAGUCCAUAGGGGCCUCCGUAGACGAGAAGAUGAUCAAAAACCUUGAGUGUGCAAAUGAUCUUUUCCUGCGCUUCUUUCGCAUGGAAUUCAACACACCUGCCAGCAAGAAUCGGCGAGUCACAGCCUUCCAGCAGAAUGUCUUGUUGCGUCUGCUCUCUGUAUUCCGAACCCUUCCUGGUCACAUUGCAAAUCUCGCCAAACAGGUUGACCUCAAGGCACCCCCACCAAGCCGUCUCAAGCUCAAAUACAUUCCCGCAGUCUCCUUCCACAACCUCUUGUCUGCCGUUGUAGACACAUACGGCAGCACAUUCGGCUUGAACAUGUGGUUCAAAUGGUGCAUCCAUCGUCUCCCACCUGACCGUGUUCGCCAGCGCGAAGGUGGCCUCACUCGCCUCCCUGCUCGCAAGGAAAUGUCCUGGCCUCAAGGCGACCCAACCUUCAGCAUGCAAUGGCUCCAACACACACAAAAGCGAGCCGUGAAUCCCAACUACAACACCAUCCGUAUCAUCGCGCAAGCCGCUAUGCGAGAAUUCGAAAUGGAGCGGCAUCCGAGAAAAUCCCAAUCCGACCCCUCAUACUCAUCCUUACCAAUCCCACGCAACCAACAACUCCCCUUCUUCGCCCGAGGCCGCACAUACAGACCCCUAAUCUCCCGCUUCGAAUUCCAAGGCCUCCCCGUCAUCAGCGGCAAACCACCCGAAACCGCCCCAGAAGCCUCCCUCGACUUCGCCGUCUACAUGUUCCUCCGUCACGGCAUGCCGCAGGACCAGAUUGAGCUAGAAAUCCCGGGCUACUUAGCGCGCAUGUGCAAUCGUGGAGUCUUUCAUAACCCAGAGAAACGGACAAGGGACCGUAUCUGGGAAAUCCGGCGAGACCCGUUUAUGGAUUCGGGUCCGGUUUGGAGGACAAUGCGGUACAAGCGGAAAGGUGGUCAAGUGGCGAAGACUUUGCCGGAAUCCCAGAAUCCCGAGUGA